CUUGAAUUUGUCUGUUCAGAAAACAUAUAUAGAAAAUACUAUGAGGGCCUCUGUUUUGUUUGGCAUUGUCUUGAUACUAUGUGCAUGCAUUUGCAGCAAACUUAUAUGGGCAAAGGAUGCAGAUAAUCUCCAGGAUACCUGCCCAGCAGACACGGCUCGCAAAAACAUCUUCGUAAAUGGUUUUCCGUGCAAGAAUCCAGCUGAGGUUAUAGCUUCGGAUUUCAAAAGUUCACUUUUGAGCAAGAAAGGCGACACGGACAACUUCCUGGGGUCUUCGACAAAUAUACUCACUGCUGCAAAGUUCCCGGGGCUCAACACUCUGGGCUUAUCGGUUGCAAGGACGGACUUUGAAGUGGAUGGCCUGGUGUUGCCUCAUUCUAACCCGAGGGCUUCUGAGAUGGUGUUUGUCAGCUCAGGCAGGGUGGUUGCCGGGUUCGUUGACACCAAAGGUAGAGUGUUCCAAAAGAUUCUCAACGAAGGUGAUGUUUUCGUGUUCCCUAGAGGGCUUCUGCACUAUUUCUAUAACAUUGGCUUCGAGUUUGCCACGGUUUUCUCUGUUCUGAGCAGCCAGAACCCGGGCGUUGUGGGCAUCUCGGAUGCCCAGUUCACACCUGAUAAUGAUUCAGAUUCCAUGAAAAUGCUGAUCAAGAAAUUGAAGUCUCUUUCGAACUUGGAUGUUGACCGGAUUGAUAACGCAACAUUGCUUUCCUAUGGCGACCUUCCCAGCAACCCAUGGCAUCUGCAAAUUUGAAGCUACUUCAGUGAUAUCUGGCUGAUUGGUUACUGAAUUUAUAUAUUAUGGGGAAUUCCAAACACCACAUUUCAAAUAAAAUCUUCUCUUUCCUUUUCUAGUUACAAUGUUUAUCAAGUUAUACAUCACAAUACUGAGUAAUAUAUUAAUGAAUGCUUUCAACUCUAACAAAUAAAGCACCUUUAGGGAAUUAUUCUUGACAGAAAAAAAAUGUUGGGUGUGGGCAAAAAAUUAAAGCAAAUAAGAUAUUUUCUUUCA